UUUAAAAUACAGGGAGUAUGAGAAAUUUGAUUCCAAUCUGAACCCUAACAUCUUGAGAGAAAAACACUAGGUCCCGAGCUUUCACCAUUACACAAUCCAUCGUGGCGUAGGAGUUGUGUGAAACUGUGAAUGCAGUGAUAAACAGAAAGAAUCGUGUGUGGAAUGGAUGGAAAUAAACAAGAUUAAUUUGGUCCAUGGGCGGCCACAUCGUGGGGAUUUGUCUGACAUUCUUUAAAUCAUCCAAAGACCGACAUGACAACCAAGGAUGCCCUUCCCUGUUUUCCCUGUUAGCAUACACUAAGAUGAGUCUUAAUCAUCCUACCAACUAAAUCAAGUUGACCAAAACGAUGAGAAAUAACAUUGCUAAAGGAGGAAACAGCAUGGAGAUGAAGAUCUUGUAUCUGCCUCAUGAAUUGAUAAUCCAAAUCCUACUGAGGUUGCCGGUGAAGUCUCUUAUACGUUUCAAGUGCAUUUGUAAGUCAUGGUUCUCUCUUAUCUCUGACCCUCGCUUUGCAAAAACACAUUUUGAACUUACCACCGCACACACUGAUAGAAUUUUAUUCAUAACAUCGACUCCUGAAAUUCGAUCCAUAGAUUUAGAAGCAUCCCUUAACGAUGAUAGUGCUUUUACUUCACCGAACCUUAACUUUUUGCUUCCUAGAUCUUAUUCUGAUCUUGAAAUUAAAGGUUCGUGUAGAGGGUUUAUAGUUUUGUGUUGUUCUUCAAACAUCUACCUAUGGAAUCCGUCCACCGGAGUUCACAAACAAAUACCUUUGCCUCCUUUUGGUUCCAAUUUGGAUGCAAAUUAUUUCUUUGGAUUUGGUUAUGACCAUUCAAAAGAUGAUUACUUAGUGGUUUCAAUGUGUGAUGAUCCAAACUCAGCUACAUUUUUAUCACACUUAGAAUUUUUCUCAUUGAGAGCUAAUACAUGGAAAGAAAUUGAGUGUACUACUAGUACUCACUUCCCUUAUAUGAAUGCGUGUGAUGAUCCUAGAGUUGGGUGUCUCUUCAAUGGGGCUAUUUAUUGGAUGGCUUUUCGUCAUGAUAUAUCAAGGAAUGUUAUUGUUGGCUUUGAUUUAAUGGAAAGAAAACUUUUAGAUUUGCAAUUUCCAGAUGAUUUUGACCAUGAACCUACCAAUUGUGGUUUAUGGGUAUAUGGAGAAUUUCUAAGUUUAUGGGCUAUAGAUUAUUAUGAGAAUGAUACGGUUGAAAUAUGGGUGAUGAAAGAAUACAAAGUGAAUUCAUCUUGGGCAAAGACUCUUGUUCUUUCUAUUGACGACAUUCCCACUCAAUACUUUUCUCCUUUAUGCUCUACGAAAAGUGGUGAUAUUAUUGAAACCGAUGGUGUUACUGGAUUGGUGAAGUAUAACAACAAAGGGCAGUUGCUAGAGCAUCGCUCCUAUUGUAACAAUGCAUCUAUAUCCGAAGUGGCUCUGUAUUCAGAGUCUCUACUUUCACUCCCUGAUGCGAAUGAACAAGCUUAAGAAGAUGAUAAUACAAGCUUAAGAAGAUGAUACAAACAAGAAGAAUGAGCUUGUGAAAUAUUCUCUCUCACCAUUUUCUUGAUAUUUAUAAUUAUAUUGUAUUAUGUACUCUUGGGUUAUUGCAUAUGUAGGGUAACAUGCAUUUGUGGCAUGAGCCAGUAUGCAACAUGAGUUGUUAAAUGUACUUAAUUAGUUUGUUAUUAUCCUAA